AUGUCAAGUUUUGCUUCAAGAACAGGCUAAAAAAUUAAAGAAUGGUGGGGAGCCAAAGUGACAGUAGACCCAGCAUUGGAAGCAAAGAAACAAAAGAUAAAUGAAAUAGAUUAAUAUAUUAAAGGAUUAAAUUAAUCCUUUAAUAUUUAUAAAAAUCUCAUAGAAAUGCAUGGACAUAUGGGAAGGAUCAGUGCUAUAUCAUCUAAGCUUUUUGAAAGAGAAACAGACACAAACAAAAGAAUUGGCAUCGAAGUAGCAUCUAUGUUUGGAAAUUUAUCAGAAUUAUUUAGAUCAAAAAAUGAACCAGUUUAAGAAAUAAAUAAAAAUUUCUUGGAUUGGUUUCAAAUGAUUGAAACUCUGAAAGUACAAUUAGCCAAUUUCUAAGAGACUCGUUUAAUUUAUGAUCAUUACAAAAUGAAAGUAGAAGAAUUAGAAAAAAAUAAAUCGAAUGCUUUGCAGAAAGGCCAACCUGAAGAUUUCAAAUUAUCUGAUAAAAUUAGAAGAAAUCAAAGUAAGCUUUCCAGUUCGGAGACCAACUAUAAAUAAAGACUUUCAGAGAUAUUAAAUAAUAUGAACAAACUACUGGGAAGUUAUUUCAAAAUCAUAAAUUCAAGUCUAGACACAUUUGUUAAUAUUAAUUAUGAUUUGUAUAUGAAUGCGAAAUCUAUUUUGAAAAAGAAUCUAAAGGCUUUUAAUAAAUUUAAGUAUCCUGAACAAGAACCUAUUAUUGAUUUAUUGAAAGAAUAAAAAGAGAUGGCAACAUUAUUAGAAAGAGAAUAAUAAAAAGAAAAAGAGUUAAAGGAACUAAGAGAAAAGGAAUAAGAAAAAGAGAAAGAGAAAGAAAAAGAGAAGGAAAAAGAAAAAGAAAAGGAAAAAGGGAAUUAAAUAUAGUCAUAAUUUGCGCCUCUUUAGUAAAAUACUUAAUGGGACAUAAAUAACAAAUUUAAUCCUUUCGGCCAAAGUUAAGUUAUUAACCCCAAUGGAUAUUAAAAUAGUUAAAUGCUUCCAUAAUAAACUAAUACAUAGAUGAAUAACUUUUCAAGUAAUUUUGUGAAUUAAUAAUAAUAAUUUGGGGCUCCAAUGACUCCAACUCAAAGAUAAUCUAUGGGCAAUAAUUUUACUAACUAGCAAAAUUUCUAGUAAUCCUUUGAUGAUGUUGGGUUUUAGAUGAUGACUGAUAUGAGAUAAAGUCAAAUUCAAAAUAGGUCAUAACAACAAUUUUAUUCUUAAAGUACAAUAGUAAGCCCCACUAACUUUGGCAAUAAUAAUCCUUUUACUAGUUAACAAUAUAUAAAUCAACGAGUGAGUUUAUAAUAACCAUAGCCAAUCUAAUAGUUUGAUACUCCAUUAAAUAGAAUGCAGCCACCUGGAUCAUAAAAUCCAUUUUGUGAUUUUGAUAAUGAUCUUUCUAAAAGGGCUGUUUAGGAUAAUCCAUACACUUAUAAUUUAUAAUGGCAGGAUAAUUAGAAAACUAAUCCCUUUUCUUGA